CAAACUUAUUUUGUUUCCAAUACAUUGUUCUUGUGAUUCAAUUCAAUAUGUUAUUUUUAAUUUUUAUAUUAUCUGCAGGAAGUUUCGUAGAAGCGGAUCCCAGAAUAAAUUGCACGACGUGUAAUUUCACUAGAACACCAUUGGAUGAUUACGUUUAUGCAAAUGAUGAUUCCUGGGAUAUAAAUGUCCUCAGUUCGGAACCAGGGGCAUUAUCUAGAGUGGACAUACUCAAUUUCACUUCGCUGUCUUGGAAAACAGACUUCAGUAACUUCACAAGCUGGUGGCACUACCUCGUUGUAGUUACGCCUAGUGAACAUUCCUACCUGAAUAAGGGACUUCUCUUUCUUGGUGGCGGAAGUAGAAAUGAAGAGCUGGCAGAUGUGACGAGUGACCCAGAUUAUGAUCUUGUGGUAACAUUCGCUGAGUUAACUGGAAGUACGUGUGGCUACUUGAAAGGACUCCCAAACCAGCCUGUGGAAUUCUUGAACGAAGACCCUCGCGUAGCUCGUGGAGACGAUGCGUCUAUUGCUUACACGUGGCGACGUUACUUAGUCGAGGAAAAUGCCGCUAAUCCUGACACGCUUAUGCAGUUCCCUAUGGUCAAGGCAGCUAUACGGGGGUUGGAUGCAAUGACGUUCCAUGCACAGAGGGUAGAUCCUAGGACACUUUUGGAUGAAUUUGUUAUCGUUGGCAGUGGAAUUCGUGGCUGGGUUGCAUGGUUAGCGGCUGCUAUGGACACAAGAAUAACCGGUGUGGUUCCAUUGACUGCUACUAUUCCCAAUUUCCAACAAGGAAUGAAACAACAGUAUCGCUCUUUUGGCGGUUGGUCGUACGCUCUGAGGGAUUAUUUUGAGCUGGAUAUCACCAGACAACUAGAUACCCCAAACAUGGCAACCUUGGAGUCACUAAUAGACCCAAUGAGAUAUAAUAGUAGAUAUGCGAACGUUUCAAAGAUGGUAGUGGCUGCUGCCUCAGAUGAGUUUUACGCUGUAGACGUGUCCUCUACAUUCUAUAACCAACUCCAAGGAGGAAAAUUAUUCUGGAUGGUUGAUAACACAGAUCACGCCUUAAACAACAGACAAGUUGAAACUGCAGCCCAGAUAGAAGCAUUUUACGACAGCGUACUACAAAAUCAUCCUAUAGCUGAUUACAGAUAUGAAUUUGUAGAAAAUGUAACAACUGGUUCUGGAGAAAUACGAUUAUUCACCGACACACAGCCAACUUUAAUUCGAGGUUUUUAUGCGGACACAGAAGCACCACAUUACAGACGUGACUUCCGUUGGGCGUACUACGAUGAUGAAAGAGGGAACUACACAGAAAGGUCUAUUUUCUUUGAAUGGGUACAAGACAACAAUGUGGAUGUUGAAACUGAUGACUCCGGAAACCAGUAUUACAGUUUGGAAUACAAUAUACCUGCUAAUGGUUGGAGAGCAUUUUAUAUUGAGGCGGCUUUCACGACACCGUCACUGAGCACAAUCUACAAGUCAACCGAAGUUUAUGUUAUACCUGAGACAUAUCCCUUCCCACAAUGUUCGGGACAAAACUGCUAUGGGCGAAUUGUGUAAUCCUUAAACCAACAAAGAUAUAACAAAAUAAUGUAUAUUUGUCACAAGAGCAUGUGAUUGUUUCUUAUUGAUUUCCCACAUAAAAAUAAAGAAAAUGUUCACAAAAUAGUCAUCAA